AUGCCUUUGGUUCUGGGGCGCGCUCACACACUAGCAAAUUGCAUUUUUAUUGUUGUUGCCCUGGUUGCCGGCCUGUUGCAGCCCACCGCCUACCAGCAGACGCUGCGGCGGCCGUUCGCCCUGGGUGGCAUCGGUCUGCACACCGGCGAGUAUGCGCUCGUCCGCGUGCUGCCAGCAUUCGCGGGCGAUGGACGGUACUUUGUGCACGUUCCGCUGGGCACCAAUAGCCGCCACUGGGCGCUGGAGCAGCCGGAAGUUCAGGACCUGAAAGCCUGCAAGGCUGCAGAGGCCAGCGCCGGGGCCAAGCUCAUGAAAGACGGCGGUGAAGACGGCCUGCAUGCCAAGCUGUUUUUUGAGUUUCUGGAGGUAACUUUCCCAGGGGCGGCAUGA